AUGUCUACCGUAAUGGGAAAUGAAACCAAAGAAACCUGUCCCGUAUGGGAGUCCUACUACGGUGUCAAAUCGUUGAAUUUGAAAAGAAGCACGUGCCAAUGCAUGGUACUGAUAUACUAUAAUUUGAAUCAAGUUGCUUUUGGCAAAUUUCGUAACACGAUGGUGGUUCACUCACCCAUCAUGCAGGCCUAUGGGAACGGUCAAUUUUUGGGUGUCGCUAAGGACAUUUGUUGCGUGGAAGGUGUGAUGCCAAAGAACCAGAACAUUGGUCUUCUAUCUUUUGAUCACACGGAAGAGGCAACAAAAUGCAUGGAAUCAACACCUGAAUUACGUGAACCACAUCACUACGGAGGACAGGAACUUUAUAUCGUUCCGCUUUGUAGCCCUGCACAAUCCUGGCCAGGUGAGUAG